UCCAAUGACCAAUUUUCUUUUAUGGUUAAAGAUACUUCCUUUCCCAUGUAAAUUUACAUUGUUCAUACUUCAUAUUGCUCUCAAUGUCCAUGAUUGCAAGUUCUUUAUCCAGUUGUACAUUAUUUUAUGACAAUGAAAGCUUAUCAAGUUAUAACCCAUAUAAAGCAGUCUAGACUACAGCUCCAUGACUAGAAUUGGCUUGUGUUUGUUAUGAUACAUGUAAAUUUUUGCUGCUUCAAUGGGUAUGACUCUUUCUAUCAAUUCUUGUUGUUCUCAUGUGAUAAACUUAACGGAUAAUUAUAUAAAAUGAUAAAUAUUGUAAAUUAUCUGCAUCCUUAUCCAUUUUUUCUCCCUUUCUUCCACAUAAAAAUAUUAUACAGUUCAAUAUUAUCUUAAAGUCAGCUACAAACAAUAUUAUACAGUUCAAAUAUUUAAUCCCAUCAAGAAUAAUUUUUUAUAAAUCAUGUCAAUAUUAGGAGCUUUUAACAUGCUACUAUAUUUUGAUAAUGGAUCUUAUAUAAAUCUCGUGGAUCUAUUAUUCCAGAUAUGAUCUUGUGGAUCUCACCCGUCAGGCAUUAGCAAAGUAUGCAAACAAAGUAUUCUUGAAGAUUAUAGAAGGGUACAAACUUAGUAAUUUAAAACAAGCGACCAUAUAUAGCCAGCACUUUCUUGACCUUGUGAAAGAUCUGGACAUGCUUUUGUCAUGCCAUGAUGGUUUUCUGCUUGGCCCCUUGUUGGAAAGUGCCAAGCGCCUUGCAAGAGACCCAGAACAGGAGCAACAGUUUGAAUGGAAUGCAAGGACUCAAGUAACCAUGUGGUUUGAUAACACUGAGACUGAAGCUAGUUUGCUUCGUGAUUAUGGAAACAAGUACUGGAGUGGUCUUCUACUAGACUACUAUGGGCCAAGAGCAUCUAUAUAUUUCAAGUACAUGAUAGACAGCUUGGUGAAGGGGGAGAGUUUCCCAUUAGAAGACUGGAGGAGGGACUGGAUAGGCCUUACCAACAAGUGGCAAAGCAGUAGAAAUUUGUUUCCAGUAAAAGCUUCUGGUGAUGCUCUAAAUAUAUCUCGAUGGCUAUAUGACAAGUAUUUAUGUAGUGAUAACUUGCAAUCACUUUAUAUGGGUUCAAACUAUGAUGAAGCUGCUAAUUUUGUGAGCUUCUAUGUUUGACACAAUCUCCUGAUGAUAAUUUCGUUCCCGAAGUUCAAAAGAAUCUUAUUGCCUUGGGCUUUUUAUCAAAACAAUUAUGUUAUGAGUUGUUUGUUCCAUAAUGGAUUCCUAAUUUAUUUGUCAAGAAGGCAUUGUCUAGGCAAUGAUAUGUCAAUUUGCCACAAAUUGAGUUUCUUAUUACUCUGUAACACCAGAGUCAACUUAGUACUUAAUAUGUUUGGUGUUCCCACUGUUUAUGGACUAUGGAUAUUUCAAAAUAUAUUAAUGGGAACUUUUA